AUGGUGGCAAGAAAGUAUUUGAGCAAAAAGAAAUGUAUGAGGCGGCCGGCCAUGACUCGGAUGCAGCUCCAACAGCGAACAGAUUCUAUUGACCUGGUAUCUCUCCAUGUGGUUGAUUUGAGCUGCCUCACUUCCUUCGACGUUUCUUGCAUGGAGCGCAAGCAUGUGGAUGGCAGACCGCAUCAUGCCGAAGCUCGCUUGGGUGAAGUGAGCGUAGUCUCUUGCCUGGUGGCAUCCGUGGCCGGAUCAUCCAAUGGCGGGCCUUCCAAAGGCCUGCCAAAAAGACGGUUUUGUCCUCUGGGCGCUGGAGAAAGCUGCAAGGCUUGUGCUUGA